UUGUCACUAGUGAGCCAACGCCCGCUUGAUACAAACUCGUAAAUUCCACUUUUUUUGGUUUGUGUGUGGGUCCAAAAAAGCGGCGAAAAAGCCGAAAAUCGCUUCUGUGGUCAAUUAUUCGUUACGGUUCUGAAUUCGUGCGGGAAAAGUGCGCUUCGCGAUACCAAAACUUACUUCUUUGGUUCGUUCCACCUGAGUAAUCAAAACUUGCAUGUGGAAGACUAGACGUUAUAAAACAACCGGUCAAGUUUUUUUUUGUGUAUUUGUUUGUCGUGUGUCGAGGAGUGUGUGUGAACGUCUCCCGGAAUUUACUUGGAAUUGCAAGAAGAAGUAAAUGAGAAUGGCGUCCAACGACAUCGCCUCGUUCUACGCAGACAAGAACAUCUUCAUAACCGGAGGCAGCGGUUUCGUAGGUAUCUGCCUCUUAGAAAAAAUCCUCCGUACCAUCCCCAACCAUGGCACCAUCUACCUCCUCCUCCGACCCAAGAAAGGCAAAGCCAUCGCCGAACGUCUCGAAGAAAUAAAAAGCACCCAAGUCUUCGAAAUCCUCCUCAAGGACAGAAGCGUGGAAGAAGCGUUCGCGAAGGUGCGAGCGAUCGCCGGAGACGUCGGCGAGGACAACUUGGGUUUGUCCAUCGAGGACAGAAAGGUCAUUACGGAUAACGUCAACGUGAUUAUCCACUCGGCUGCGACUUUGGACUUCGGGGAGAAUCUCCGCACCACUGUCAAUACCAACGUUUUGGGGACGAGGAGGGUCACGGAGCUCGCGAAGGAGUGUCCCAAACUGAAGGUCCUGGUGCAUGUGAGCAGCGCCUACGUGAAUUCGUAUAGGCUGGAGUGCGAGGAGAUUAUUUAUGAGAAGCCGUGUGAUGCGGAGGAGUUGAUCGCGGUGGUGAAGAAGUUGGAUGAUAAGGAGUUGGAGGAGAAGACGCCGGAGUUGUUGGGGAAGCAUCCGAAUACUUACACGAUUACUAAGCAUUUGGCUGAGCAUGAAGUGAAGGCUGUGGAGGGGCUGUUUCCGUGUACCAUCGUCAGGCCAAGCAUGAUUGUCGGAGCAUGGAAAGAACCCGUCCCCGGCUGGACCAUCAGCAAGAACGGCCCCCAGGGCUUCCUCAUGGGGGCGGCCAAAGGCGUGAUUCGCCGCCUCCCGGUGGGCAGAAACCUCAUCUACGACUACAUCCCAGUGGACAUGGUCAUCAACAACCUCCUAGCGGCAGGCUUCAGUGCCGGCACCAAGCAAGCCAAGGCCGUAGAAGUGUACCAUUGCACCUCCAGCACCAGGAAACCCUUCUCCUGGAUGCUAAUAGAAGACCAAAUCAACGGUUACCUCCACGAAUACCCCCUGAAAUCAGCAGUCUGGUACCCAUACCUGAAAUUCGUACCCACAAUCACGUACUACAAAAUAUCUGCAUUUUUCGUUCACAUCCUGCCUGCUAUACUUCUGGAUUUCGUGACGAAGUUGGGCGGCGGACGUCCGAUUUUGAUGAAGUUGCACCGCAACGUGAACAACUCGUUGGAUCGUUUGGAGAAGUUUAUUUUUACGGAGUGGAAGUACGACGCUACUAAGACGAUGGAGUUGCAUAAUUCGUUGUCGAAGAGUGAUCAAGAGAAGUUUAAUUUAGAUAUUGCGGAGUUGACGUGGAUAGAUUAUUUCAGGGAUUUGGCACUAGGGGCUCGGGUUUAUUUGAAUAAGGAGCCGCUGAAGACGUUACCGGCUGCCAAAGCCAAAGAUAAUGUGUUGCUUCUUCUCCACUUGGCCUUCCAAGCCGGAAUUUUCUCUUUAAUCUGGUACGGUUUUGCCUGUGCCUUUGGAAUGAAGAUGUCUGCCUCGAUAUUCGUCGUGCCUAUUAGCUACUUCAUUUUUAGUUUAUUGUAGAGUUAGAAUCUGAGAUUAUUAAUUUAAGUGUUUCUCAUUUUUGUAUUUGAUGGGCUUUAUGUAUUUAUUGAAAUAAAAUUAGCUGGUUGCUGUUAUCAAAUUCUA